CUUCUACCCCAGACAGGGCUGAGUCCCACUGCAACUUCGGUCCUCACAGGGACGACACAUGUUCUUGGACUACAAAGAGACGAGCAAGACAAGAAGAGGAGGACAAAGGGAGAGGGAGAGACAAACGAAGAGAGAAAGAGAGCAAACGUGAAAGUUGUUCAAAGGGAAAGAUCAGAAUAUUUUGCUCUUGCAUUAGUGUGUGUCUGUGUGUGUGUGUGAGUGUGACUGCUUAUGUCUUAUAAGCGGUGUGUUCUCUUGUCUAGACUGGUGUUGCAUCAGUUCUUGAGUCUUGUCUUGUGGGGAAUGUGUUUUACAAGUCUUUGUGUUCCUCUGAAGUAGCUUUGAAGUUGGGAUUGUUUGUUUGACUGUAUUUGUGGGACUGGAUAUGACUGUGUGAUUAUGGGUGUGUGUGUGCUAAAACUGGUCAAGAUCGGCUGCAUCUCUUGUAGAAAGCAUUCUGUGCAGGUAUCAUCAAAGGGCACCCUAGGCCUUGCCAUAUUCUUCAGAGUAACUGUCUGAGAGUGUGAGUUGGGGGGGGGGUUUCUGCUUGCAAUUUUGUUGCACUUGAUCACUCCAAUAUUGUGUGAAAGUCUGUACUUUGUGCAAGCAGAUUAAUUAGAGUGCUUUGUAUAUAUCUUGUGUUUGAGUGUGUGUGUCUGUGUUUAGUAGUUUAUUUAUAGCUUAGGGAUGGAUUCUCGCCGGUCCUCUUCUUUUCUCCUCCUCUUGUUCUCCUCAUGUCCACUUGUCGCCAUGGCAGCCAUGGACGCCUGCUAUGACGACGAGGGCCUACCGAGUCGCUGCAUGCCUAAGUUUGAGAAUGCUGCCUUCAACCGCACCAUCAUGGCGUCUAACACGUGCGGUUCCCCGCCCGAGGACUACUGCAUGCAGACGGGUUCCACGCGGUUCUGUCACAACUGCAACAUGUCAGACCCUGCGCGACAUCACAAUGCCACCUACCUGACGGAUUUCCAUAGCGACGAGGAGCCCAGCUGGUGGCAGAGCCAGUCCAUGUUCUACGGGGUGCAGCACCCCAACUCCGUCAACCUCACGCUUCAUCUAGGUAAGGCGUUUGAGAUCACGUACGUGCGUCUGAAGUUCUACACCAGCCGUCCUGAGAGCUUUGCCAUCUACAAGCGCUCGGAGGAGGGCGGGGCCUGGCAACCGUACCAGUUCUACAGCGGCUCGUGCCGCAAGACCUACGGCCGUAAUUCCCGCGGCUUCAUCCGGCCGGGCGGAGACGAGCGCACGGCACACUGCACCGACGAGUUCAGUGACAUCUCACCGUUGACCGGGGGCAACGUGGCCUUUUCCACGCUGGAGGGACGACCCAGCGCUUACAACUUUGAUCAGAGCCCAGUGCUACAGGACUGGGUGACUGCUACCGACCUGCUGAUAUCUCUGGACAGACUGAACACAUUUGGUGAUGAGUUCUUCAAGGAUGCUAAAGUGCUUCGCUCUUAUUUCUACGCCAUCUCCGAUUUCACAGUCGGUGGCAGGUGUAAGUGUAAUGGGCACGGGAGCGAGUGUGUGAUCGGUGACGUGGGUAAGCUGGAGUGUGUGUGUGAGCACAACACAGACGGAGCAGACUGCCAGCUCUGCGGCCCCUUUCAUCAGGACCGGCCGUGGGCACGCGCCACCGCCGACUCUGCCAACGAAUGUGUGCAGUGUAACUGCAGCGGUCAUGCAGACACGUGUGUGUUUGACGCGGAGCAGUACCGCAGCACAGGCAGUGGGGGGCGCUGUGUGGGCUGCAGGGAUCACACUGCCGGGCCUCACUGUGGGAGAUGUGAACUAAACUUCUACAGACCUUCACCACAACAGCAGUGCAGGAACUGCAGCUGCAAUGCCAUGGGCUCCGUCAGUCUCCAGUGUGACACAGAGGGUGUGUGUGUGUGUCGGGAGCAUGUGACAGGGCUGAAGUGUGAUGCAUGUGAGCCUGGGUUCCACUCCCUCAGCCCAGCUGGAUGCAGGGUGUGUGAGUGCGACACCAGGGGCAGCGUGGGAGUUUGCUCUGCUGAAGAUGGCCGCUGCCACUGCAAGAACAACGUAGAAGGACACAACUGUGACAGAUGCAGGCCUGGUACAUUUAACAUACAGGAAGAGGACACUGAAGGUUGCCAACCCUGUUUCUGCUUUGGCCACUCCCUCGUCUGUUCUUCCUCCAAUCAGCACACUCCAAUCAACAUCACCUCGGACUUCCUUGACGACGCUGAUGGGUGGACGGGGCGUUUUCUCAAGAGAUCAGGACUCUGCUCUGCUGUGGAAGGAGGGGAGGUGUACCUGCUCCCCACAGUGACCAUGACCUGGGCUACUACACCGCACCAGCAAACCAGGUUAGAAGGACACGCCAAACACCUGUGCUACUACACCGCACCAGGUGAGAGACGGUUCUGCUGGGUUCUUUCUUGGUCCGGAGGAGGGUUGGAGUCUGCGUUGGCAUCAUGGGUGGAGGUGUGUCAGUGCCCGGCAGGCUUUAGCGGGCGCCACUGUGAGCUGUGUGCCCAAGGCUUCACCCGCGAGGAGCCCGGCGGAGGCCCCUAUGCCCGCUGCGUGCCCUGCAACUGUAACGGGCAUGGAGACUGCCACCCUGAGACAGGAGUGUGCACCUGCACAGGCUUCACCACCGGACCAACCUGUGAGAGAUGCCUGGAUAGUUACUACGGCAAUGCCUUGUUUGGCAGUUCCAGAGACUGCCAGCCUUGUCCCUGCCCAGACCGUACCAGCUGCGCCCAGCUGCCCGAUACAGGGGAUGUGGUCUGUACCAACUGCCCCAGUGGACAGAGGGGCACCAGAUGUGAGAUGUGUGAGGACGGUUUCCAUGGUGACCCACUUGGGCGGAGUGGCGUGGUGCGUCCGUGUGUGAGGUGCGAGUGUAACUCGAACGUGGACCCGAACGCAGUGGGUGUGUGUGAUUACAUAACAGGACGCUGUCUAAAGUGCCUCGGACACACCACCGGCGAACACUGCGAGCGCUGCCAGCCUGGUUACUACGGCAACGCCACGGACCUGGUCCGCAGCCCCUCUCAGAAGUGCAAACCAUGCAGCUGUAAUCCUGCAGGCUCCGCUGGGCCCGCGCACGAGUGCCACCCCAUUUUGGGCAUCUGCCGGUGUCUGCGUGACGUGACAGGACGCGACUGCAGCCAGUGUGAGCCAGGCUUCUUCAACCUGCGGCCAGGCCUGGGCUGUGAGAGAUGUAACUGCAAUCCCGUUGGUUCCUCCUCGCCAGCCUGCCAUCCCAUCACGGGCCAGUGUGUGUGUCGUGUGGGGGUGCAGGGGAUGCCAUGUGACUCCUGUCGUCUGGGGUUCUUUGGUUUCUCAUCCAGAGGGUGCCGGGCCUGUAACUGUGACCCAAUGGGCUCCGUCUCCAUGCAGUGCCAUGGCAACGGAACCUGCCCCUGUCGCCAGGGUUUCGUAGGCUACAAGUGUGACAAGUGCGAGCUGAACUACUUCCAAAACCGAGACACACACCAGUGUGAGGAGUGCCCUGUGUGUUACAGUCUCAUCAGAGACCAGGCUGCCAAGCUGAAGGCGAGAAUGCAGGCCCUAGAGAAAGUGCUGUCCAGGUAUGACUGCCGGAACGCUCCCAGAGCACAUGUGUACCACAACCAUGUGCACCAGCAUCACGUGCACCAGCAGCGCGGGAACCAGCAUCCUGGACACCAGCAGAAUGAAGAUGAAUAUGAACAAUACCAACUCUGGCGCAACAAUCUGGUGCGGGAGCAUCGGGAUGAGGACUACCUCCCCAACUCCCUUGAGGACUUCCUAGCCAUACAAGAGGCACGAGAGGCCUUCAUCAGGCAGUUCACACAGCUGGAAACAUCUGCACAGACCCUGGAGCUACACCUGCGCAGCGUUGCCAUGGUGAUGAACUGCAGCCUGCGAGAAGAGGAGGGAGGGAUGGAGAGGGAAGAGGAAAGAGAAAGACAGAAGAACGAGAGAAGAACGACAAAGGAGUGUGUGCCUCUAAUGGAGACAUACGCUGCUGUCAGAGGAGUGCAGGCACAGUUGGAGCAGGCAACACAUGACCUGGGGAACAUGGUCAUCCCCUUCUCCAUCCCUAAAGGCCCAAACGAGUGGAACGCAGCAGUGAAUGAAUCUCACAUACUGACAGAGAGCCAUGUGGAAGCGGCAAAUCGUAUGGAAUCGAUGGCCGCCGAGGCACUGCGAGUAUCGAACCAGACCUACACCCUGCUGCUCAAGCUAUUGGAGGAUAACUCAACGCAGGUUUACAUCCAAGGGCUGACACAACGCCUGUCAGACAUGCAGCAGCUGAAAAGGAACCUGUCCUCCCAGGUAAACCAGAGUCUGGAGGCUUACCUGACUCUGACGGAGCAGCAGGAUGAGGCGGCAGCCAUCUUGAAGAACCUAAGCACUAACGCCUCCUCCCUCAGUCUGCCUUUGACAGAGUCUAGUCCUAACACCAAUCAGACCAAUGAAACAGCAAAGGAUGAGCUAUUCCUAACACAGGUGCUGAGCCUCCAGAACAGGACCUUAGAGCUGGAUGUGCUGCUGCAGUCUAAAGAGGAGCUGUUGAAUAAGACCAGAGAGGAGCUGGAGACCGGCAUCAAAGAGGGCCAGAAGAACAUCAAGACCAUCCAGGAGUUCCAGCAGUUGACGGACCUGGCCGAGGGGUUAAAGGUUGCGUCCCUGUCGUCUGUGGUGAAAGCGAAGGAGGUGGAGUCUGAGGCAUCUUCUCUGCGGAGGAAUCUAGAAGGCAUGCAGAAGGAGUGGCCUCGUAAGCAGGCCCAGACCAAGGCCGCGGUGCGGAAGGCCCGCGUGGUGGAGGAGAGGGUGCUGACCGAGGCCAAGAAGAAGACGAAGAUCGCAGAGAGAGUCGUGCAAGCCGCCGUGAAAAACGCCACGCAAGCCAACAUCACCGCCACCCAGGCGGAGGACACCGCCAACACCGUCUCUAAGAACGCCAAAGCAACCAGAACGCAGACGAAACAGACGAAGAGUGUGUCUGCGCAGCUGAGGUCGUCUGUGGAGGAGACAGAGCAGCGGCUGAGUGAGCAGGAGGACUCCGUCACGCAGAUGCUCUCGCAGACGCAGACAGAGGAGCCUGGGGCCUCUCUGGGGACUGUGCUGGAAAAGAUGGAGUCUGCGAAGCUUCAGCUGGAGUCAUACACACACACACUGGCAGUGCUGCUCAGCAAAUUAGAAGAGGACUCGUCUCUGGACAAGUUCGACCUCAUUCUGAACGAGACGGCCACCCGCCUGCUGAUCCUGAAGGGCAGCGUGGAGAGUUCGGCUCUGUCCGGGAAGAUCCAGACCCUGCGGACCGCCUCCCAGGAGCAGAAGAGCCAGGUGGCCCGAAUGGACCAGGACCUCCAGGAGAUCCGGGAAGAGAGGGCCAGCCUUCAGGAUAUUGUGCUCAACCUCCCCAAAUCCUGCCCUUAACACAAGACCCUGUGACAGCCGCCAGCACACUGUAUCAUCCCAGCAUUAGAGUUUAUGAGAUAUAAUGGUCAUAAUUUAGUUCCAGGCCACUUGUAUGCACAGUUUUAUUUUUGUACCUUUUCUGCGAGGUCCUUCUUGUUUACAGAUGCACAAAACAUAAGGUGUAGUGACAAAGGAGAAACGUUUUCAGAUAAACUAUUGACUAUAACUAUACCAAAGAGCUCAUUCCAAUAAAACAUAUAACUAAG